AUGCACCGAGCUGCAGCUAACGCAGCCGGCCGGGGCCGCCUCCCGCACCCCCGGGCACCCCCUGGGCGCUCUCGGGCACAGCCGGGCACCCUCCAGCCCCCUCUGGGGGUCCUGCGGGCACCCCCGCUGCGGUCCGCAGCAGCUCCCGGCGCCGUCCGGGGCUCCCCCGGGCCGCUCCCGGCGCCGCCCCUGGCUCCUCCCCGCGCCGCCUCCUCCCGCGGCUGCGCGGCCCCGGCUCGGCCAUACCGGGACGGGAGCGGAGCGGAGCGGCAUGGAACCAGGGCCCUCUGCCCGCAGGUGCCCGAGCUGCAGAAGGCCACGGUCCGCAUCCAGCGGCCGGAGCGGGUCAGGGGCAUCCUCCGUGCCAUGAAGGAGCAGGGCAGGAGCAAGCUGCAGGUCAUUUCUGACUUCGACAUGACCCUGAGCAGGUUCCUGUGCAACGGCCGCCGCUGCCCUACCUCCCACGGCAUCCUGGACAGCAGCAGAGUUGUCAGUGAGGAUGGCAAGCAGAAGCUGAAGGAGCUGCUGCACCACUACUACCCCAUCGAGAUUGAUCCCAACAGGACCCUGGAGGAGAAGCAGCCUCUGAUGGUGGAGUGGUGGACCAGGGCCCAUGAGCUGCUGUCCCAGCAGAAGAUCCAGAGGGAUGACAUAGCUCAGAUCGUCAGGGAGUCAGGAGUGAUGCUGAGGGAUGGCUUUGGUGAGCUGUUUGGGCAGCUGCAGCAGCAGGAGGUUCCUCUCUUCAUCUUCUCUGCGGGCGUGGGGGACGUGGUGCAGGAGGUGCUUCGCCAGGCCGGCGUCCUCCACCCCAACGUCCGAGUGGUCUCCAACUACAUGGACUUCGACGAGCAGGGAGUCCUCACACGCUUCAAGGCACCUCUCAUCCACACCUACAACAAGAACAACAGUGUGCUGCAGGGCACAGGCUACUUCCAGCAGCUCAGCACCAGGACCAGCAUCAUCCUGCUGGGGGACUCCAUGGGCGACCUGACCAUGGCAGACGGAGUGCCCACGGUGGAGAACAUCCUCAAGAUUGGCUUCCUCAACGACAAGGUGGAGGAGCAGAGGGGGAGGUACCUGGAGGCCUUUGACAUCGUGCUGGAGAGCGACGAGACGCUGGAGGUGGUCAACGGCAUCCUGCGCUACAUCCUGAGCCAGACCUGA